AUGGCUUCGGACGGGUGCCAGACGCCCGAGUGGACGGGCAGGCCGCUCUCGCACCUCUUCUACGCACCGAACUUCCGCAGCCAGCCCUCGCAGUCUUACGCCCAGCAGCGCGAGCAGCAGAGCCCUGGCACGGGGGGACAGGCGCCCGCCGGCGGGAACGGCUCCGUGGACUUCCACUACUCGAAGAUCAAGGGCGCGUGGUUCGGUCCCGCGCCCACGGGCUUCCAGCAGGGCUCCACCGGCCCCUCCCAGUGGGAGAAGGCGGAGGCGGAGCGGGAGGCGCGCCUGAAGGCCGGCGUGCAGCGCGAGGCCGACACCGUCCUCCUGCGCGGCGGCGCCAAGAUGCCUCUGGUCGGACUGGGCACCUACGCGCUGACUCAGGCCUCGGCCGUCACCAAGGCCAUCGAGCUCGGGUACCGCUCGAUCGACUGCGCGAUGGUGUACGGCAACGAAGCCAUGGUUGGCGAGGGCAUCAAGGCCGCGAUCGCCGCCGGCACGGUGGCCCGCAGCGACCUGUUCGUCACGUCCAAGCUGUGGAACGACUGCAAGCACUCCGCGGAGGAGAUCGAGGCGACGUGCCGCAAGUCGAUCGCCGACCUGGGCGUGGAGUACCUCGACCUGUACCUCGUGCACUGGCCGUUGCGGUGGGCCAAGGGGCAGGCGAUCCCCACGGACAGCACGGUGCCCGCGGAGGACACGUCGGCGCUGGACGUGGUCCAGACGUGGAAGGCGAUGGAGGCUCUGGUGGAGAAGGGCCUGGUGAAGUCCAUCGGGGUGUCCAACCACAGCCUGAGUCAGGUCGAGGCGAUUCUGGCCGAGUGCAAGGUGCACCCGGUGUGCAACCAGAUCGAGCUGCACCCGAUGCUCCCGCGCCGGAAGAUGGUCGGCGUGUGCCUGCGCAAGGGCGUGCAGUGCGUGGCCUACUCGCCAGUGGCGCGCAACCGGCCAGAGAUCAUGGACACGCCCCAGGUGCAGACCGUGGCCAAGGAGACCGGAAAGACGCCCGCGCAGGUCGUGCUGAAGUGGAACGUGCAGCGCGGCGUGCCCGUCAUCCCCAAGGCCGGGUCCGAGGAGCACAUCAAGGAGAACAUCGACAUGUUCUCGUGGCGGCUGAGCCCGGCGCAGAAGUCGAUGCUGGACGAGCUCAGCACGAAGCCGCCGCUGAUGAUCGUCGACCACGCCUGGUCGCUGCCGUGCUUCGAGAACUUCGAGGGCGGCGGCGCGGGCAAGGCGUCCGAGGUGUUCAAGUACUAG